CCAGCAGCAGUGACUCUUUGUUCGUUUGACCGCACCACACGGCACCAGUUUCAGCUUUUCCGCCCAGUUUUCCCUCGUCGUCCAGGUCCAUCAGUGUGUUUACCACGUAUGAGAAAAAGUAAAACAUUGCCAGUGGUGCGUGUGGGAUUUUCGAUCAAAACAAGUGCAUUUGGUAAAUCAUCAGUAGAUGUGGAAAAGUUGAGUUGCUGAACUGAUUGUGAUCAAAAUUACUGACCUGGAAGGGCUCGCACGAGGGAAUCAUAGCUGGUCGAAGAACAUUGCGCUAGUGCGCUAUAUCCUUAUCAGUGUUGCUGUUCCGCAAGAGAGAACAAUAUUCAUUGUUCGACGGGAGACAAAGUCAAUCGCUUCGUUAUCAUCCCGAAUUACCCCCGUAUAGAGAUCAUUGGCCACACCCUGCCAGUUAAGCCAUCAGGUGAAAGUAGCGCUCCUGGGUGACAACAGCAACCCAAUCCGUAGGUAAACUACGUCCCGAGAAAAGUGCAUUGAGCUCAGCUGUUCGUAGCACAGUCUGCAUUCGUUCUGUUGUUUAGUCUGAGUGAGUGCAAACGACGCCUACAAUCUCUACGUCGAAAAGAACCUGCAAAAAGUUUAUAAAUAAAACAAGUUGGUAGCAAUCCUGGUGCCGCUCCUAGCUUUGGCCUUGCUCCCCCUUUUGAGUCUACACUGAGAGCACAGCGAAAACAAAAGUGUGACAUUGCACUCGGUGUGCUCUCGCCUCGCGUUCAGUACGCAAAAUAAUUCGCUUCUGGCAGGAGUUUGCUCGUCGCGGCAUCAUGGUGGGUCAGCGGAGAUUUCAACUCGGCGAUGUGGCCAUCCUGAAUCGGGACCACGUUAAGAUCCGUGACCCCGGCAAGGUGGAACACAUGCUGAACGAACUGGUGGCCGGUGGCAUCGGGAAGCUUCAGGUGGUGACCGAUUUCGAUUACACAAUCACCAAGCAGAGGCUCGAGAAUGGGGAGAAAAUUCUGACCAGCUUCGGGAUGUUCAACGAGUGCCGAUCGCUGCCGGAGUACGUGCUGGAGGAAACCAAGCGACUGUUCCACAAGUAUCGGCCCAUCGAGAUCGACCCGCACAUGCCGCUGGACGAGAAGGUCGUCUACAUGAUCGAGUGGUGGUCCAAGACGGGGGAUUUGCUGAAGGGUUUUCGGCUUCCCCAGGAGGAAAUUGCCGAAGUGGCCAAACGAUUCAAGGACGGCCUCCGCGAUGGCACCCACCAGAUGUUCUACGAUCUGAAUAAACAGGAGGUGCCCUGUUUGGUGUUUUCGGCCGGACUGGGUGACUCGGUGGUAUCGGUGCUCCAACAGGCCAACGUACUCUAUCCGAACGUGAAGGUGAUUUCCAAUUUCCUGCAGUACAGCUCCGAUGGCACCCUGAAUGGACUGCAGGACAAGAUGAUCCAUACGUUCAACAAGAACGAAACCGCUCUGGAGGGCACCGAAUACUACGAUCUGGUGCACGAUCGCGACCACGUGAUUGUGAUGGGCGAUUCGCUGGGCGACGCCGGUAUGGCCGACGGCAUCCCAACGUCGUCGCACGUGCUGAAAAUUGGAUUCUUGUUCGAUCACCCCGAGCAGAACCUGCCACGAUACAUGGAGACCUUCGACAUCGUACUUAUCGACGACCAGACCAUGGAUGUGCCGCGGGCAAUUUUAGAAAUGAUAAAGAACAAAUCUCACCAGUGAAUCGCGUGUUUUGUGAUUUUGUGUUAGGAAUUUCAAAUUUACAAUGACGUUACUGUGACUGUCACUUAACCAACCGUUUUGUUUCCGUUUUCCAUCCCACUUGUGAUCGAUGACAACGAUCAUUUGAUGUUCGUUUUUCUUUAGAAGAGCCUAACAUGUACGAAGACUUAAUUAUUGUAUAUUAUAAGCUGAAAUUCGCACGAAGCCACAAGACGCUACGGAAACCGAAUGCUUCGCUUUUCUGGAUGUGUUGCAAGUAAGAAGCUGCAUUACAUUCAGAAAGAGACGAUAAAAUUCGACUUCUGCUGGUACGAUGGUUGAAAUUUUAGCUGAAUCGACUUUAUGGAAGCGAAUUGUCUUAAAUGUCUGUUAUUAGGGGCUUUGUGAACUACACAAAAAAAAAAAUAAAACCUUGUUCGUGAA